CAACGGUCGGCAACAAUGGCGGCAAAGAUGGGGAGAAUUGAGAAACGCAACGCGAACGAAAAUUCUGGCGUGCCAAUGAGAGGUAGAGUAGAAACUUGCGCGACACGAACAAAGCAAUUCAGAAGAUCGAAAGAUCGUGAGAAAAUUGUAGAGAGAGAAGGUUCAAUGGUGUUGUGGGAGAUAACACUCGGAAUUGCGUGUUUCUUAGGUCUGAAGCGAACUUACAGGCACACGCUUUCAGGAUUCAGCGAAAUCGUAAGCGCUGAGUACCCUUUGAUCCGUCAAUUUCUUAACAGACGAACCAGACUUUAUAUUGCGAUGGCUGGGUCGAAUGAAGCCGUCGCCUCAGAUACGUGGUCCCUUACCUUCAAAUGGUAGUAGGUCAAGAGAAAGAGUGGGAAAGCAUUUUUCAGCAGUUGGCAGCUCCAACCAGAAGGCUUAUGGAAUGUUCACCUCAUUAAGGACGAAGCAUUUUCCUUCCAUGACAAGGAUUAUGCGACCGUUCAUUCCUGCUAGAUAAGAAGAAAAAGGCAAAAAAAAAAGAGGUUGAAAAAAUUGUCUGUUAAAUUGGUAAUUCUGUUGUUUUUCGUGUUUCUGGACUCAGGAGCUAAGCCGUUUCCGGGGAAAAGCAUGUACAGCAUGAACUCUAAAUGCAGCGCUGGGGAUUGCCAAAUAUUCUGGAUGUUAUGGUCUUCACCAUUGCCACCGCAGUUUCUUUGAAACUGCUCAAGGUCUAGGGUUCUAUUUAACUUCUGCACCUGAGCUUUUAUAUUUAAGAGUGCUUAUAGAUAUUGAGCUAGGUGAUAGAAAUGGAAGCAAAAAUCGCAAAGGAAUUGAAUAGGGUUGCACUCAAUCUGAAGCGCAAGCAAGCGACCCGAUAUGCUGCACAUUUAAGUGGAGCUUCCCAACCAAUGUUAGGGCAUUGGUCAUCUCUUACGUCACCAGCAAGCAGGGCUGUCAAACGCAUGAGAUUGGGUGGAUAUAGAAACAGGCUGACAAAUGCUGGUCGUCAUAUUGGACGGUCCUUAGCUAGGCGUUUUUUGAAUUAUAAAAAGAGUGGGAGACUGGAGCGUUUGAUGUUCUAUGAGAAUGGGGAAUGGUUGGACUUUCCAAAGGAUGUUGUUGACUUGGUUAAGAAGGAUCUUGAAGUCAAGAAGGCAGCUGUGGAGAUAGAGUCAAAUGGGUAUCAUCUUUUGUUUGAUUUUUUACAUCUGCAUAAGGUGGACCUUAAAACUGGCUUGCAACAACCUAUAGCUUUGAUUGAUGCGGCAGGGUGGUGUUUUUCCCCCGAAAUCUAUGCUGCUUCUGAUGAAGAACCUUAUAAUUUGAGCAAACAGGAAUGUGGAAGAAGUCCGGACUCAUAUGCAUCUAACGAAAUAAAAUUACAUUUAGAAGUUGACAUAAAUGGAGUGGAUCAAUCCAGGUUGAGUGAGUGCAGUGGGGAGUCCAAUGCUCUAGUUAAGGGUAUUCAAAUUGAUACUAAACAAAACUGCUGUCAAUAUGAUGUAGAAGUUGAAGAUAGCAUUAACAAAAAGGACUGUGGAAAUGUUGGUGAAGACAUUCAGCAACAUCAAGACAUAGAUUUAGAUGCUUAUACUGAAUCAGUAUAUGGAAUAUUGGAUCUGAAUUCUGUACAAAAGAUGUUUCUUAAGGGAAUGAGUAGUUUUGGCAGUACUGAUUCUGACAUAUUUGAGAUUUACCAAUGCUCAGGUGCGUCAAUGCAAGCACGAUGGGAGCUGUUCCAGAAGCAAGCUGAAAUUAGCAAAAAGAAUCAUGGGGAAGCUAACAUUCAGUAUGAUUGGCUUGCUUCUUCUAAAGGAGAACUAUCUACAAUGAUGAACUAUGGACUAAGUCAUUAUGGACUAUCUGGAUCAAAGUGCACAUAUGACAUUGGUGUUCAUCUUGCUGCUGUUACUUGCCCUGAUGCCAGGUCCCUUACCUUCAAAUGGUAGUAGGUCAAGAGAAAGAGUGGGAAUGCAUUUUGCAGCAGGUGGCAGCUCCAACCAGAAGGCUUAUGGAAUGUUCACCUCAUUAAGGACAAAGCAUUUUCCUUCCGUGACAAGGAUUAUGCGACCAUUCAUUCCUGCUUGGACUACCAUCCAUGGCAGGCAAUUCAGUGCCUCUACGCCUCAAAUUGUUGGAUCAAAUUACAGAGUGAAUUGCUCUUGUGGUGUUAUUAGGAAGGACAUUAUGCAGUGGAUGCUGCAUGAUAACCUUCCCUCUGCCAGCUGAUAUUGGAAACUGAUGGUGUUAGAAUUCGCAAAUUUGUUACCUUUGUUGUUGUCUCAUUGGUUUUUGUAUAGUCCAGUGGUUAUGCAUUUGUUCUCAGUUUUAAUUAAAAGAACUAGUUGUUAUUUGUUAAUAUAUAUCACGGAUAAUCUUCCUGUUCAGUGAAUAAUGAUAGUGGAGAUUUUUUUUUUUGUAGGCAAAGAAAAAUUCUUUAGAACCGAAGCCUGUUCAACGAAUAGCUACUGAAUAUUGUCCUGAAUCUUCUAGCUUCCAUCUCCAUGUAUCUAUUUGAUUUUUCUUCAACUUAGCGAAAUC